GCGGUGCGCGGUGUGUCUAACGUUUUCAUGUGAAUCUCGCCGACAUUUUAAACAUUUCUAACAUCGUGUCGAUACUGAAGUCAUGUUGUACGUAUCCUUUCACCGCUUUGGACAUUUGGAAAUCUUGAACAUUUGCUGUCACAUACUUUGGGGUGUGGUGCAGUUUACAGACACAUGUAUGCCCGAUUUACAUUAUGGAAAACAUCUAGUGGGAGCUACGUUUAAGAUUAUCGAGAAUUCAUCUCUAUUCACCUGUGCCUCUGAAUGCGUUUCAUAUGGAAUAUGCAAAUCUUUCGAGUUUGAAUUUGGUCGGAGAGCGUGUCAUCUGAACGGUUUUGAUGACCCCAAGAGUCUGGAAGGUGGCGGCGAAAGCUCGGAUUUCAUCUACAGUUCAAUUAUGAAUUGGAACGAGACAACACUUGGUCCUUGCCAUCAUACCAUCUGUGGAUACACGCAGAGAUGCAGUGAGACGAAACAUGGCAAUGUAACGUGUGAUGAAUUUCUACCUAAUAUUGCAAAAGACAAGCCAACAAAAGCAAGUUCAAUGUGGUCACGUAUCAAGUACCCGCCAAGCGGCGCAGUCGACGGAAACGUUACAGCAAUUGGGCAAUCUGGAUCCUGUUUUUCUGUUGGCAAGGGCGAUUUCUUCCCCUGGUGGCAGGUAGACCUUCUAGAUACCUUUGUGGUUGUGGAAAUUCGUGUCACCAACAGACAAGACUUCAAACCUGAACGACUUCACGACUUCGCUCUGGACGUGUACCAAGACGACCCUAUUGUCUACGCUAAUGGCAGCUCCCAACUGUGUUACAUGUACAAUGGAGCCGUCACAGAGCCUGGAAAGACAGUCGCCCUACAGUGCACGUCCCCCGUGACUGGCCGCUACCUGAGACUUAGUGGGAAGAAAACCACUUCCAGGAUGGAUCUCCUGCAGUUUUGUGAAGUUCAGGUCUUCGGUUUUAAGCUGUUACAGUGAAAAUUCCACUGUGGUCGCCUGUCGAGGUCCGUUCAUUCGUAUCCUGAUAUUCCGACAAGAUGGAUGAAUAUAUUAUCGGAAACCAUUCUGGGGACAUAAACGCUUUGACUUGGUCUCUUGGGACUGCUGUUAUGUUCGUGCAGCCUGAGUGAUUAGACGCUGUGUUCAUUCUGUUCCUUUGUUGGAAACGUUACGUUGCUUUGAACCGCAUCCUACAAAUGCAUUUUUUCUGUCUUAUGACGUAAAAGAGUUGUUGUUAGAAACUGUCAACAAAUUUAAAAUUGAAAGAAUUCUUACAAAUAAAAAGAACAGUGUGUUUGUGUGAGUGCGUGCGUGAACAUGCGCGUGAAUGUGUGCACGUGUGUGUGAACGUAUCGUGAAUUAAAUAUAACGCCAUAGGGAUUGACUUAAAUGCACAUUUCAUUUCGAAUGCUGGGUACAUGAAGGUUUAUUUGGACUUAAUUCCGGACUUGGACUUAAUACUUUUACUUAUAAUGAGUGAGUUAUUGAGUUUGGUUUUACGCCGCUUUUAGCAAUAUUCCAGCAACAUCAC